GGCGUUGUCCAGGGAUUGUCGCGAGGAUGUGUCCCGGGGGCAUUCAAACAGGGCCCUAGAGGACGAGUAAAAGCGGGAAUGAAGGUUUCCCAGGCAGAGGGCACGUCAUGUCCAAAGGCUCGGGCGCGCGAAAGCGUGUCUGGAGAGAAGCAGGCGACCCACUGUCAGGGAGUUUGGAGGCGCAGGUCCAGGGACCUGCUUGGAGCGGAGGUUGUCUGUGCGCCUGGGCGUGGGAGCAGAGUCUUGGAAAUUCACAGAGGGAAUAUGAAAAGCAGGUUGUCUUGUACAGCAUCCGCAAUCAGUUACGAUAUAGAAACAACUUAGUUAAACAUGUCAAGAAAGAUGAACGCAGAUACUAUGAGGAACUACUAAAGUACAGUCGAGACCAUCUCAUGCUGUACCCUUACCAUUUAUCAGAUAUUAUGGUAAAGGGCCUGAGGAUAACACCAUUUUCGUAUUAUACUGGGAUUAUGGAGGAUAUUAUGAACAGUGAGAAAAGUUAUGAUUCCCUGCCCAAUUUUACUGCUGCCGACUGUCUAAGGCUUCUUGGCAUAGGAAGAAACCAGUACAUCGACCUGAUGAAUCAGUGUAGAUCGUCAAAAAAAUUUUUCAGAAGGAAAACAGCUCGUGAUCUUCUGCCAGUAAAGCCGGUAGAAAUUGCCAUAGAGGCGUGGUGGGUGGUGCAGGCUGGAUAUAUCACAGAAGACGACAUAAAGAUAUGCACUUUGCCUGAGAAAUGCGCUAUUGAUAAGAUCAUCGAUGCAGGCCCUCAGCUCUCUGGAUCACUAGAUUACAAUGUAGUACAUAGUUUAUAUAACAAAGGAUUUAUUUAUCUGGAUGUACCAAUAUCCGAUGACAGUUGUAUAGCAGUUCCUCCACUUGAAGGUUUUGUAAUGAAUCGAGUGCAAGGUGAUUAUUUUGAAACUCUGCUCUAUAAGAUAUUUGUUUCAAUAGAUGAGCAUACUAAUGUUGCAGAGCUUGCAAAUGUCCUUGAGAUAGACUUAUCCCUGGUGAAGAAUGCUGUUUCAAUGUAUUGCCGAUUGGGCUUUGCCCAUAAGAAGGGACAAGUAAUAAAUCUGGAUCAACUUCAUUCAUCGUGGAGAAAUGUUCCAUCUAUAAACAGAUUAAAGAGUACGUUAGAUCCGCAGAGGAUGCUGCUGUCCUGGGACGGUGGGGAAAGCAGGAGUCCUGUACAGGAAGCGUCGUCGGCUACUGACACCGAUACAAACAGUCAGGAGGAUCCAGCCGACACAGCCAGUGUAAGCAGUUUAAGUUUGUCUACAGGAUAUACAAAGCGUAUUGCAUUUCUGUUUGACUCAACUCUCACUGCCUUUUUAAUGAUGGGAAAUCUUUCACCAAACUUGAAAAGCCAUGCAGUCACCAUGUUCGAAGUUGGCAAACUCUCAGAUGAGUCUCUGGACAGCUUUCUUAUAGAACUGGAAAAGGUUCAGAGCACUGGUGAAGGAGAAGCACAGAGAUAUUUUGACCAUGCACUUACUCUGAGAAACACGAUACUAUUUCUUCGUCACAAUAAAGAUCUAGUUGCACAAACUGCACAGCCAGACCAGCCCAAUUAUGGUUUUCCUCUGGAUCUCUUACGCUGUGAAAGCCUUCUUGGUUUGGACCCUGCAACUUGCAGCAGAGUUCUAAACAAAAAUUAUACACUACUUGUUUCCAUGGCUCCUCUCACCAAUGAAAUUCGGCCUAUCAGCAGCUGCACCCCUCAGCAUAUUGGACCAGCUAUCCCAGAAGUCAGUUCUGUGUGGUUUAAACUGUACAUUUACCAUGUCACUGGGCAGGGACCACCAUCUCUUUUGCUGUCCAAAGGUACAAGACUUCGAAAACUGCCAGAUAUUUUCCAGCACUUCGAUGGAGUAUUAAUGUGGAAUAUACCACCACGUGGCACAGUCUUAUUUGGUGCUUUAGUAUCUAUUGUUGGAAAUGUCGUUUUCUCAUACACCUUUCAACUUGUGUGUCUUCACGUUUAGGGACAUGGCUUCCACGGGACAGGAGAAACUGUCCACAUACCAUUUCCAUUUGAUGAGACAGAACUACAAGGAGAGUUUACUCGUGUCAAUAUGGGUGUUCAUAAAGCAUUGGAAAUAUUAAGGACUAAGGUGGACUUGCAGCAUUUUUGUGGCUAUAUCACCAUGUUGAAUGCUUCGAGCCAACUUGCAAGCAGAAAACUCAGUGAUGCUUCUGAUGAGAGAGGUGAACCUGAUUUGGCUUCUGGCUCAGAUGUAAAUGGAAGUACAGAGUCGUUUGAAAUGGUCAUUGAGGAGGCAACUACAGAUUUAGCAACUAAGCAAAACUCUGUUGCCACAACAGAAGCAGAUUGGGUUCCUCUCGAGCUAUGCUUUGGAAUUCCACUGUUUAGUUCUGAAUUAAACCGGAAAGUUUGUAGAAAAAUUGCUACCCAUGGCCUUUGCAGGAAAGAGAGCCUUCAAAACCUCUUACAUUCCAGUAGAAAACUUUCUCUACGAGUCCUUAACUUUGUUCACUCAUUCCAGGAAGGUGCUUCAACACUGGAUAUUCACACAGAGGCCAGCUUUUCAAGUUUGCUCUCCCAGUCAUCCCAAGCAGAUCUGGGAGUCCCACUGCCCGCAAAGAACUUAAUAUUUAAAGAUGGCAUCUUAUCAGAAUGGAGUGGACGGUCACCUUCCUCACUGCGUGUUGCUAGUCUCCAUUUGCAAUGAUUUGGUUACACCAUUUGUUGCUCACACUUUCUGCCUUUUUUCUUUCUUAAGGUUAGCUUUAUAGUGCCAGCCACUAAAGAAGCAUCCUGCCGCUGCCGUGCGAUUCAUGAUGUUUGAAGUUUGGGGGACAUGUUCACGGUUUCUGAAGUUUUCCUCAUCGUUGCACCUCCUAAUGCAACCAAGAGCUUUUUAGCAGCCUGCACUGUAUUUUUUACCUUGAGACAAUCUGCAUUUCUUUUAUAAAACAGGAUAUACUUUAUAGGCUUUAUGAUGACUGUUAUGUUUAUAAGCGGUCACUAUGAAUAUUGCAGUGGUAAUUUUAUAUGUUAGGUUAUCAAACGUAAAUCUUGUUUAGUUUUAUAUUUUGUUACCUACUCUGUAGGGGAUCAUGGGAAGAGGGGAACUCUUCCUCUGCGAAGGUUUCUUGGUACUUCAAGUAGCAAAACUAUGAAACAUACACACCCAGGACUGAGAACUGAUGUGACGGGGCAUUAAGAACUCCUGUGGCUGUCUGUAAAUUAUGUAGAUCAGUUGGACAUUGUUGAAGGUAUGUCAAUCAGCAUAGUUCUGUGUAACUUACCCUUGAUUUAUAAGGUCUUAACUCCGACUCUGACUCUACAUUGACAUCUCAUGAGAAGCUUUGGAAAGCAUUCUAUUUUUAAACAACAUUUAUAUGUGGAUUUCUGUUGUCACUCACUUUGGACUUUAUAUUUUCAUAGAGUCUUUCUGGAAAAAUAGAAUUUAUUUUCCGUUCUUGUAGCUGUGGCUGCUGCACAUUUUCACUGUGACUUAUUUUUUGUUUGUAGUUUUACCAAUUAAUUGUUAUGAAAUUGAAUUUUAUGUUCUCAAACCAAGGGUUAUGAUUUUAGGUUAGAAUUAUAUAAGAGAAGCAUUAAAGCUGUGUCUUCUGAUCAAAAUACGUUAGUGAAAAGCCUACUUUGAAGACAUUCUUAGAUAGUUUGGAUCUUAAAUUUAUGUGAAUAGUUCGGGGAGGAAAUGAUAAAGGAAAAUUGAGUAUUUCAAAAUGUUUCUUAAGUCAUUGAUUCUUUUAGUGUCUCAAAUAUUAGAAUAAUUGGAAUCACUUUUUAGAUUUUUCAGGUUACCUUGGGAAGUUUGUGCAGUGUUAUAGUUUAGUUUAGCUCUUCUCCUAGGAUAACGGUUUGCCAGUUUAAAACUGUAACCAAAUGAACUGAUCAAAGAACAUAUAUCUAAAACACUUAAGGCAUUAGAAAAUUUGGGAAUGCUAAAACCUAAACUUUCUUGCUGAUAAUUUUUGUUAUUUGUAGAACUGAUAUUUGUGGAUUUUAACAUACUUCUGGAAAUAUAUGCCUUUUUAAAACUGUUAACAUAACCAUGCAUUCAGCCCCAUGGCCUACCCACAGAACUGAAUCUUUUGGAGCAGGUUACCUGUGGCAAGUCAGUGCCGUGUUUAGGUAAAUGCAGUUAACUUUUAGUUUUCUACUUUCUCUCUUAUAUGAGGUAGAAAUCAGUGUAUCUUAUAAAUGUUUGUCUAUAAAAGGAAAAAUACAUACUAUUAAAAUUAUUUCUUAUGACUGUGAAUCAUUCAUUCCCCCCAAUAAUUGAUAUUGGACAUUCCUAGUGCUAUUAGGUAUGUAUGUAACUUACAGUUUUUCAACCAAAAGUUGAAAAUAUUUCAUUUGAUCAGGGCUCUCUAAUCUCAUUUGCUUUGUUUGAAUUAACUGUAGUUAUUUUAUUUAUUCCUGUAUUACCAGUCUAAGUCUAUUGUAGUGACAUGUACACUAAUAAAGAAUCAGAUAUUUGUACUUGUUGGCAGUGAACCCAGUUGUUGGUGAAUUUAAAACUUAAAAUGUGGGAGUGAUUUGCUGCUGCAUUUCCUUUGAGAAAUAAUGGAAGAAGAAAUAGAACCUAAUCAUGAUCAUGAAUUUUAGGGGAAGUACUGAAAAAGCAUGUGGCGCGCUCUGGUUUCUCCUGUGAAUAAGGAAAGAUUCUGGUUCCCAGCUGAAGACCUCAUUUUUAAGGAGGGCAGUCUGCUUUUUUAUUUUUAUUUUAUUUUAUUUUUUCAUUAAUCCUCACCCAAUGAUAUUUUUUCCAUUGAUUUUUAGAGAGAGUGGAAGGGCAUGAGGGAAGGAGAGAGAGAGAAACAUCUAUGUAAGACAGACACAUCUAUAGGUUGCCUUCCGCACGCAUCCUGGCCAGGGCUAGAGAUUGAACCUGCAAUCCAGGUAUGUGCCCUUGACCUCGAAUCGAACCAGCGACCCUUUGGUGCACAGCCUGGUGCACUAACCACUAAGCACCACUAGCCUGGGCAGCCAGGCAGGCGGUCUGCAUUUUAGAACUGUUAGCAAAAUGUGCAGGCUGCUUUGUGCUUUGCUUUAUGAAUUUGGCUUUGUCUCAUUUAUAUUUUAACUCAUGUAAAGAUGCAUCUCUUAAAUCUUAUAAGUAUUGAUCCAUUUCAACAAAAGGGUAAAUGUAAAAUACAGACUUUAUUAUUUGCCAAAGAUGAUUUGUGAAAUAAUUUUUUUGCAGAUGUUUAAAGUAAUUUCAUUGGCUUUUGCUUCCUCCCAUUUCUUUCCCCCUGUAAUGUAGCUUUUAAACCAUGGCAAACAUUCCUUGGAAACUAAGAGAAAAAAGAUAUCAGGAAGGACAUGGAAUUUUGUGUGACACAAUUUCACCUCUCAAGUGGGUCUAAAGAGCCGAAACUUUGUUAUUAAAAAAAGAUGAUCAUCUGAUUUCCUCCCUUUUAAGUAUGUAAUCAGAUGAUUUUGUGGUGUUUUUUUUUUAAAUAUUGGUUUCUUUUAUUUGAUGUAUUUAGUUUUCUGUUAUCUUUCUCUUAUGUUCAGUGUUUCAAAUACAGUUUGUAUUUAAAGAUUUUUAAAGUACCAAAAUUGUAACUAAGUACAGUAGAUUGUUUUCUGGUAUGAUAUUAAAUAUGAAAUGUAUAAAGUGUUGUCAAUUUGAUUAUUGACACAUAUACUAUGUUUACAAAUAAACUGGUGGUGAUCAAUUA